AUGGAGAUCCGCGAUAUGGUGAAGCCACGGCCGAUGCGUCUAUCGGAUCUUCUCAUCGUCUACUGCUACCACAUGAUUCCGUUCACACUCAUGCCUAUUGUCAACACCAUCCUCAACUAUUAUCUUGCGUACCAGUUGCUGGGCUGGUGGGGUCCACUUAUAGUAACGGUCGUUCUCUUCGUCCUCGCGGUCUGCCCGCCCUACUACAAUCGCUCCAUUCGCCGACGCCUCGUCUUUCUGUACGAGGCAUUGGCGUAUUACAUGAAGCGGGUUCGCUACAUCGCCCCCAAGGACCUCAUCCCCGAUAGUGCAUACAUCUUCGCGUUCCAUCCACACGGCCGCAUGUUCUACACCAACACCAUGAUGAUCCAGACCAACUACGAAUGGAGAAAAAACUUCUGCCCCAAAGGUGACUUCUUUGCCGGGGCGGCAGCAGGGUUCUACUCGGUGCCUGUGCUGCGCAACCUGCUAUACCUGCUCGGAACCAUGCCUGCCAGCGAAUCCAACAUCCGCAGGGAGCUGCGGAAGAAGAACCACAUGGCGAUUGUGAUCGGGGGGCUCAAGGAGGUCUGCCUUGGCACGACGUCCCACACCGACAAGCUUUAUUUGAUGAGGAGGAAGGGGUUUGCACGCAUAGCAGUGCAGGAGAAGGUGGGAGUCAUCCCCAUCUACUGCUUCAAUGAGAACCAGCUCUUCAAGCAUGACCCAGUGUGGUUCCUUCAGUUCUGGGAAAAGGUGAACCGGCACAUCAACAUUGGAGUGCCAUUCAUGCGUGGGGCCUGGAACCUCACCCUGCCCUUCAGGCGGGAUCUCUUGGUGGUUGUGGGCAAGCCACUUUUUCCCAAGGAGGGUGAGUCAGUGGAUGAUUUUCAUGCUCGCUACAGGAGAAGGGUACCGAUCGCGGCGGCGGGAGGAGGAGCGGGUUUGGCGGGGGAGCAGGGGCAGAGUCAGGAGAAGGGCGAAGGAGGGCCGUCCGAUUUCCCGCCGGUGCCGGCGGGCCGGAUGAUGGUUCCCGUCAUGAAGAAAGGCUACGGUGCGUUCGGCGGCGCCACUCUGGAGAAGUCGAAGCUCGACCUCUCAUUCUCCACCGCCAAAACCGGCGCGCAGGUGGAGCUUGGGGGAGGCGGCGGCAACAUCGGUAAAGGAAUCGGGCACGGGGGCGGCGACGGUGGCGACGACGGGGGCGACGACGACGACUAUUUCGGCGAGGACGACGGCGACGACGGCGACGACGACGGGUUCAUCCGUCGCGCGGUCGUCGCGGAGGUGUUUGACCGCGCGUCCGUGCAGGCGGUGCUGGAAGAGUGGUUUCGAACCAUGGCAGACCUUCCGGCUGGGAUCCGACGAGCCGUGGAGAUGGGCGUGGUAAGUUCAGCGCAGGUGGCACGUCUCAUGAGCAUGGAUGCGCGCCCCACGAUCGCAAGAUUCGUCUCUCGAAUCGCCCCUCCAGAGCUCUCCCGCGCCUUCAUUGGCAGAAUGAUGGCAGAUCCGGCCUUCCUCUUCAAGCUCGCUCUCGAGCAAGCCGCCACCGUCGCCACAGCAGUGCAUUGGGAGGUGCAGCAGCGGCUCGGGCAGCAGAACGGGCAGCAGGAAGGGCAGGACGGGCAGGAUGGAAAGUCGAAACUUAUCCGCGAAUGGCCCCUAGCCCUUACCAACGUCCUCACUCUCUCCCUCUGUAACCUGGCGCUUGUGUGGUGCCUCUCCCCCUCUCGAUCCUACGGCUCUACCGCCACUAAUGAGUGGCAGAUGGCGCUGCAAAAACUGCCCAAUAAUGUUUUCGAUCGGAGCUACGCGCUCCGGGAAUUCAAGCUGCCCGAGCGGGUGGGCAGUUUCUUUUUCCACGCUGCCCAACUGAGCUUGAUUGGCUCGGCUGUGGGUGCUGCGGGUGGGGCAGUUUCAAAUGCCAUAUUGAAAGGGAUGAGAGGAAAAAAGAAUGCAGCAGCAGGAGCAUCACAGGAGAAAGAGGGAGUAGCAAGUGGAGGGAGUGGGGAGGCGGAUCAGUAUCAAUCAUCUGUAGCAGUGCCAUCGCCGGGAAAAUCGGCCGUAGCAUUCGGUGCCUUCACAGGUCUCUCCGGGAACCUUCGGUAUCAGCUGCUGUAUGGGGCGGACCGGGUGUUGCAGGAGCAUUUUAACCACAUUCCUGUAGCCAUCCUCGGCACCACUGCCCUGAGGGUCGGUAAUAUACUGCUGGGCGAGCCAUCACGCCUCUCCUGGCUCGGGCUGGACAGCGAAUCCGUGCAGCAGGCACAGGCAGAGCACCGGGCCUACCACCGACCCUCUCUCGCAGGUUCGGGCAAGAGGCUCGGCAGCAGGCCCACGCUCUCAUCCCUGCUUCGAUUCCUCGGCUUUGGGAGCAGCAAGAGGAGAGUCAAAGGGACGGUGGGGGCAAGGCGACGUGGUGUGAGGAAAGUAGCAGGGAAGGGGGAAGGGGAGGGGAAGGGUGGUGAAGGUGGAGGGGAGAAGGUAGGGGCUGACCGUGUGGUUCGGAGGAAAGUGAAGCGGAAGGUUGCCAUGACCUAA